UCUCCGUUCCAGAUCACCGUGUACGACCAAGAAAACUUCCAGGGCAAGAGGAUGGAGUUCACUUCGGCCUGUCCAAACAUCAUGGAGUGUGGCUUCGACAACAUCCGCUCCCUGAAGGUGGAGUGUGGCGCGUGAGUACCCGGCCGCCAGCAGCGGGGAUGCUUUCCCAGCUGGGACGCCUGGAGCGGCAGCAAGGCCUACCACAUCGAGCGCCUGAUGUCCUUCCGCCCCGUCUGCUCCGCUAAUCACAAGGAAUCCAAGAUCACCAUCUUUGAGAAAGACAACUUCAUCGGCCGCCAGUGGGAGAUUGGCGACGACUACCCCUCGCUGCAGGCCAUGGGCUGGGCCAACAACGAAGUGGGCUCCAUGAAGAUCCAGUGUGGCGCCUGGGUUUGCUACCAGUAUCCCGGGUACCGUGGCUACCAGUAUGUCCUGGAGGCCGACCACCACGGAGGAGACUACAAGCACUGGAGAGAGUGGGGUUCGCACGCCCAGACCUCCCAGAUCCAAUCCAUCAGGCGUGUCCAGCAGUAGCUCCUCACUUUCCAGUACAUCUUUGCAAGGUUUCUAAAGCUCACCGGCUCCCUUUUGGUGCUAAUACUCCCCUCCCAAAAUAACCACCCCUUCUCGUACUGCAACUGCUUAUGGAACACCACUCCCAAACGGUACCAACUGCCACAAUUGCCAAUAAAUGUGACUGAAAGAAAAAGAUAAA